CCGAUGCUUUGAAGUUGAACCUGUAACACGCAGAUCCGUGUUGUUCGUUCACUCCUAUAGCUAUAUGUUCUACAGUGGUUUCAUCCACGAAAUGACUUCUGCUCCGGUCCGGAGAUCCGAAGAAACGGAUCAAACCAUUCUUGAAGCAUGUGUAAAUUAAAAGAGUGGACGUUCAGCACUUCCAGUUUAAACUUUGAACAACGGGAAAUCCGAAAUCCUGAGUUAACUAGUCUACAAGUGGAAAGAUGUCGUUCGGAACAAUCAAGGCGUUCAUCGAGAUCGACUCAGUUAAUUAACGUUGCUGGCAUCCAGGUACAGACGAAAACUGAUUAUUACGAGCCUCCUGCGAAAAUUGCUCAGAUGCCCCACAGCCACAGUCCCUCUCACAUUAUUUACUCAUUCCCCUUGAAAACUGCUACAUGAAUUUUGACUUUAUCAAUUUGAGAUCGAGGAGGACGUAUAGACCCAAAUUCUGUAUCUAAUAAAUUCCAUGUGAAUUCAUCUAAUUGGCCCAGUGACUCUUUAACCAAUCACAACUCACGACAUAAGGGGGUUCACUUCAACAACCAUCAGCCAGAGAAGAUUCAGAUUUGGACUCGUCCUCAAAUCUCUUACCCCAGACCUGCCCCUAGAGGCCUAGACUGUUGAUUUUGUUUAUAAUACUGUCGUAUGAUACGCAACUACAAGUGGCAGCAUUUUCGUAGUUUCUACCAUGAGGGGAAUUUUUAAAACCUGUCUUUCCUCAAAAUUGCCGUUACCAACUUACCAUCCGAUGUGUUGGUUCCGAGAACUCCUCCAAGUCCAAUGGAUCCGGCAUUCAACGAUAACCAACCAGCCCAUUACUCCCAGAGAAAGAGAGAGCUUUCUUCGGUAAAGGUCCAAGCUCGGUUUCUCAGGUACUGUCAGAGUGGAGCAAAAGUCGAAAGCGAACCAACCGAGACCAACUAUGGCGUGCAAUUCAGUCAGCAUUUCCGGCUCUCCGAUCGCCAGCACGACAAAAGACAUGCCCAGAGAACAUAACAGUCUUCGGCGGUCCCAUUCCGGCAAAGACCUGUGCGACCCAUCUGGUCUCCGAAGAUCAAAGUCCGACCCUCAGCUCCGUUACUCGCUAAACUGCAUCCGUGCUGCUUCGCUCGAACCCAAACUAAAGAAAAGCCGUUCCACUGGCAUCUUCCCUUUCCAGCUCUCAGGUUCGGUCCGAUCGCCUCCUUUUGAUCCCGAUAUGGACAUAAAAAUGAGGGUGGUCGACUACUCGGAUGACACCCAUGAAGGAGAAGAGGAAUCGGAGAAGAAGAAGAAGAAGAAGAAGAAGAAGAAGAAGAAUAAGAAGAGAGCGAAUUGGGUGGAGCGACUUUUAGAGCUUCGAAGUCAUUGGAGGAGCCGACAACAGAAAGAACAAGCAACCGGAAAUGGAGAUGAAGGCAAAGGUAGUUGUGUGGUUGAUUACGGCCCUGAAGAUGAGGAAGAGGGAACCAUUUUCGAUCAAGAAUCCUUUUCAAGGUUGUUAGUUCGAGUUCCAUUGUCUGAUACGAAACUCCUCUCGCAAUUGGCUUUCCUGUGCAACAUAGCCUAUGUGAUUCCUGAGAUCAAGGCCGAAGACUUGAGCAAAUACUACGAUCUACACUUCGUAACGUCUUCCUUGGAGAAGAAAGAAGAAGCCGCUGCUGUCAAGGCAAAGUUUGAUGCUGACUCCACUCGCGUACCUCUAGCUCCCUCUAUUAAAGCCAGUUCAAGGAAAGCACUGGAUUUUGAGCAGAAGCGUCCAAUCCGUCCUUCUGUAGCUUAUCAGAUUGCCUCUUCAGCGGCAUCAUACGUACACUCCCGCACCAGGGGACUGUUAUCCCUUGGCUGUGGUUCCAACAACGAGGAUCUGGAUGUCAAGACAGAAUCACAUAACCAUGGUGACCAGCCACGACCACGAGAGGACGAAGGGUGCUCCUCUUCUCGGGCUUACAAGUCCGAAAUGGCAGCUUAUGUCGCAGCAUCAACAAUGACGGCUGUUGUAGCCGCCGAAGAGGCAGCAAAGCAAGAAGCAGCAAGGGACCUUCGGUCACUUCACUCUUCUCCAUGCGAGUGGUUCGUUUGCGAUGAUCCAAGCACUUGUACUCGUUGCUUCAUCAUUCAGGGAUCAGAUUCAUUGGCAUCUUGGCAAGCAAACCUCUUCUUUGAACCUACCAAAUUCGAGGGAACAGAGGUGUUGGUCCACAGAGGUAUCUAUGAAGCUGCCAAGGGGAUUUAUGAACAAUUUACACCAGAGAUUCUAAGUCAUUUGAAAAAACAUGGAGAUGGAGCUAAACUUCGAUUCACGGGACAUUCUCUUGGGGGGAGCCUUUCCCUUCUAGUCAGCUUAAUGCUGUUGGCUAGGGGAGUAAUCAAGCCUCCCAGUCUACUACCCGUUGUUACCUUUGGAUCACCGUUCAUAUUCUGCGGAGGACAUCGUAUCCUCGAAGAACUGAAUUUGGAUGAGAGCCACGUUCGUUCUGUAAUGAUGCAUAGGGAUAUCGUUCCAAGAGCCUUCUCCUGCAACUAUCCCAACCACGUCGUGCAAGUCCUCAAGCGCCUCAAUGGUGCCUUCCGAUCUCACCCUUGCCUCAAUAACAAUAAACUGUUAUAUGGGCCAAUGGGUCGAUUGUACAUUCUUCAACCAGAUGAGAAGUCAUCUCCUCCUCACCCCUUGCUCCCUCCUGGGACUGCUCUAUAUGUCUUGAACGAGACUCUAUGUGGAUCCCGAGUGAUGAUAGCAAGUGCUCUUAGGGCCUUCCUCAAUUCUCCUCACCCACUGGAGACUUUAAGUGACCCCAAGGCCUAUGGAUCCGAAGGUACAAUACUGAGAGACCACGAGUCAAUCAACUACUCAAAAGCUGUAAAUGGUGUUUUACGACAACAAACAAAGGUGGUUGUUCAAAGACCAAGAACGUUGAGACUACACCAUAUUUGCCCUCUUCUGACAACCCCAUCUCCACACUCGUGGAGAAACCAGGAUAACUUUGAGAAAUCCAGAUUGAUUGUUGAAGAAGUUGCCUCAGGAUAACUUUGAAGACCUUUUUGUGCACUGCGCUGUCUACAAAAAAAAGGCCAUAAAUAGAAGAUAUUAUUGGGGCAUUACUGCAUUAGGAGGUGGCCGUUCCAUAUCUUAUGUAAAUGCAUGUCAAGCUCUCUUUACAUCUUAAUGUCUGUGUCCUACAAAAUGAUCCAUGAUAUAUGGCAAUGUUAAUAAAUGUCAAUA